AUGUCUCUCCGCAAAACCUCUAAGAAAUCUUCCAAAACAGAUCAAUCAUCAGUUAGGAGCAAAGACGAAGAGAGGAUAAUGGAGUAUCAGAAAAUGAUUAACUCAAUUAAAUAUGAAAAUAGGAUAAAUAUUGCCAAAAUCGAUAACAUUAAACGAAAUAUAUCCAUUCAACAGACAGUUCUAGAGGAGAGACAAAAAAUUAUUGAUACUCGAAAAGAAAAAAUUCCGAAAACGUUUUUAUUCAAAAAGAAACAAGAGCAAGUAAGGUUUCAAACAGCGCAAAGCGAAUUUAAACGCAUUACUGAUGAAAAUGAUAAGAUGAAAGAAGAGAUUAAAAAGAUAUAUAACGAAAUUUCACAGCAAGUUCUUCCACCUUCACAGUAUUCAAAUGUCGAUAUUAAAAUUAUGCAAUCUUCAAUAGAUUUCUUCCAAAAUUCUGUUGAAACAAAGAGAAAAUUCGUUUUUCAUGUUGAAGAAAUUUUAUCAUUUACAACUUAUAAACUGAAUAAACUGCGAGAAAUGGAAAAGUUAUAUAAAUCUACCAUUGAUUCACUCAAAGACACCAGUAAAACUCUAAAUAAAAGAAAAAUUGAAGCUUAUUCAAAAACAAUUCAAGUUAUCCCUGCUUUACAAUCAAUUGAAUCAAUUGUAUUUGAUUUGGAAGGUGAUGUAGACUUGUUAGUUAAAAAAUACAACUCAACAUCAAUUGAACAAUCACCUAGAAAAGCAAUUGUUGAAAUUCUUGUAAAUCAAAAUAAAGAAAGAAGAGAAAUCCUUGUACAUAGGAAGAAACUGUUAGAUGAGCAGAUAAAGUCAUACAAAUCUCCUCAAAUCCAAAAGAUAUCUAAGUUCCAGCCUUCUCCAAAGAAGCCAAUAAUAAAUUUGGAAUCAAACUUUGACCAAAUCAAAGAAAAAGUCCACAAUAGGUUAGAUGAACUUAAGAAGAAUACAAUAGCCAUCGAAACUGAAACAGAUGAUCUUCAGGCGAAAUUUUUGGAAAAUCGUAAAGAAAUUGAACAAAAAUUGCAUAAAAAGUAUGAAAAGAUUAAAGAUCUCAAUGCUCAGAUUAAGCAAAAUAAUGAGAUGCUCAUUGAUAUUUCGUAUUAUCAUGAAAUGAUUGAAGAAUUAAAAGAAAACUUUAAUGAUCUCCAAUCAUAUAAGAAGAAAUUAGAAAAUAAGUUAACAGUUCCUUCUAUCACUUUAAUUUCUCCUAGAAACCACACGAAACUCGGAAGAAUUGCAUCAAAACGCAGAAUCAUAGAAAAUAAUGAGAAAAGACUCUCAAGACUGCGGAAGUAUGUUUACAACCUACAACAGGAAGUUAAAAGAAAAGAAGCUGAAUUUGAUGCAGCAAACAAUGAAUCUAAGGAUUUAAUCUCAAUAUGA